AUGGGAAGCCUACCAAUGAGCGCACGAGAAGACGUCAGUCGGUUGAGCUCUUUCCGACCGAGAGAGCCAAGAGCUGCAUCUGAGCACAAUAGUUGCCGCAGUGACGCACCGGUCUGUGGGCAGGUGGAGAAUCUGACGCACUUGGCAACUAUUGGGACAGCCUGUUCGCGAAAGAAGGAGGACAAGACCCGUGGCAGCAGCAGGCCGGACGGCCCCUUUCACCGGAGCGCUCAUUUCGCCCAACUGUGGCCGGCCCGGUUUCUAGCACCACUUGAGCAUACACCUCGAACAGCGGUACUGCUGCAUCGGAGUCUUGUCUUCAAGGCAAUCGGAAACUACGCUUCCGGAGAGUUGGGGAGUUCGGCCCCGCAACGGCUUGAGCUAAUCUCCGUGGCCCUGCAUCUGGCCCUGCAGCUGUAG